AUGCCGUUUGGGGGAAAAAUAGUUGUUCUUGGUGGAGAUUUCAGGCAAAUCCUACCAGUUAUUCCAAAGGGCACAAGACAAGAUAUAGUUGGGGCAACAAUCAACUCUUCGUAUUUAUGGAGGUACUGCAAAGUUUUUAGGCUGACAAAACAUCUACGUCUUACAGCAAUUCAAGCAGCUGAAGAACGACAACAAACUGACAAAUUUGCAAAGUGGAUUGCUGAUAUUGGUGACGGAUAUACUGAUGAUCCUAUUGCUGCAAUUGUUGAAAACACAUUUCCUAAUUAUGAAACUGCAUGCACUGACUCUCAAUUCCUACUUAGCCGUGCAAUUUUGGCUCCAACUUUGGAUGUGGUAGAUAACAUCAACGAUUAUAUGAAUGAAAUGAACAAGGGAGAUUCCAAAACAUAUGUCAGUUGUGAUACAGUGGGUAAAGCAUAUGAUUCAGGAGAUACGCUGGGAGAUUUGCAUACACCUGAGUUCCUCAAUGGCUUACGGCAUGUAGGAUUAUUCUGGGCAAUUGAGGUUGGCGGAUUAUUGCUUUGUAAUUAG